AUGCCAACCGAACUUACCACAUCAUCUCGUAUUCUCAUUGCAGGAGGUGGAACUUGGGCUGUAUCUACAGCUCUUCACUUAGCCCGUCGAGGUUAUAUAGAUGUCACAAUAUUCGAUACAUACCCUAUACCAUCCCCAAUAUCUGCUGGCUCUUUCCUCGAGGAUGAAGAUGAUAUCUCUAUGAUUUUGCUUAACAAAGCGACCGAGGGUUGGUUGUAUGAUCCUAUUUUCAAACCUUACUACCAUCCAACUGGGUAUAUUGUGGCGGCGGAUACCCCAGCUGCGUUGGAGCAGGUGGAGAAGCGAGAGACACCUAAUUCACAGAUCGGUUUCGUGACAUUAAAUACUGCGGAAGAGUUCAGGAAGACAAUGCCGCCCGGGGUAUUGACAGGUGAUUUUCCUGGUUGGAAGGGAGUGUUCAAAUCUUCUGGUGCCGGCUGGGUACAUGCUCGUAAAGCCAUAGAGAGUGCAGCUAAAGAGGCGGAAAGGCUUGGGGUGAAGUUCAUUACUGGAUCACCCAAGGGUUUUGUCACUAGUCUCAUUUUUGAGGAUGGAGACGUCUUAGGCGUUAAGACUGCGGAUGGAAAGGAACAUCGGGGCGACAGGACAAUACUUGCAGCUGGUGCUGGCGCCGAUGCGCUCUUUGAUUUUAAAGACCAGCUUCGGCCUACGGCUUGGACUUUAGGGCACAUCAAGAUGUCAGAGGAUGAAAUAACAUUGUACAGGAGCCUCUCUGUUCUUUUCAAUAUAGAAAAAGGAUUUUUUAUGGAGCCGGACGAGGAUAACCACGAGCUCAAAAUAUGCGAUGAGCAUCCUGGCUAUUGUAAUUGGGUUCCUGGAUCGAACGGCAAAACUAGGAGCAUUCCCUUUGCGAAACAACAGAUCCCCGUCGAUUCGGCAAAGAGAAUCCAGCAAUUCCUGUUAGAAACGAUGCCCCAUCUUGCAGACCGCCCCUUAUCCUUCGCUCGCAUCUGUUGCCGACAUGGCUUCAUGCAUAUCACUUCGGUUGGAGGAUUUGUGGUGGAUUCCAUGGAAGGGAAAUUGGACCCAAGAUUGAAGAGCGCCUUUCGAUGGAGACCGGAAACGGCAGUUAACAGGAAUUGGAAGGAUCUACAAGGUAGAUUUGGAGGACCAAAUAAAAUCAUGGACUUCCAGGACGUCAAGGAGUGGACGAACUUACCAAUCAGAUAA